UCAAAGGUGUCAUAUAGUAUAAAGCGUAGUUAACCGCGAAACUUCAGACGGGAUAGUUUGACACCUAAUUCUAAAAUGUUUAAUUCUCUUAAAUGUACAAAAGGGAGUUUUUUAUGCUUAAGGCAAAUAACCACAGUCGCCAAUAUAGACGUAACAACAACACCAAGUAAACCAUUCAGAGAUGUCCCCGGCCCAAGAGCACUGCCUGUUAUUGGACAGUUGUACCAUUUUCUACCAGGAGGUCUCCUUUACAAUCUUAAAGGUUUUAACUUGCAUAACUUUCUGUACGAAAAAUAUGGACCAGUUGUUAAAAUGAAAGGACAUUUUGGUGCAAAAGACUCGAUUUUGCUGUACGAUCCAGAAGUCGCAAUACAGAUAUAUCGAUCAGAAAAUUCAAUGCCUAUACGAACAGGUUUUUUUGCGGCACAAUAUUAUAAAAAUGUAAUUAAAAAGGAAAAGGGCGAAGAAAGAAAAUACAACGGACUUAUAUUCGAUCACGAGGAAAAAUGGAGAGACAUAAGAACACAUGUCAAUCCAGUUAUGAUGCAAGCAAAAUCAUUAAAGCCAUACGCUGAACCACUGGAUGAAAUAGCCCAAGAAGCUGUUGCAAGAAUGAAGUGUAUUCGAAAUGAAAACAACAUGAUUGAAAACGAUCUUCUUGACGAAUUCAUGUCGUAUGUAUUAGAAUUUACGGGAAUAAUAGCACUCGGUCGCCGAUUUCAUGCUUUCGAUGCCAAUAUACGGGAAGACUCUUUAACGCGACAAUUACUUAGAAAUAUACACGAUUUCUUCGAAUUAUCAGAUAAACUAGAUUUUCAGCCAAACUUGUGGAGAUACUAUCCAAACAAGACAUUUAGGUCAGCUAUGAAGUUGUUAGAGGACGCCGAAAAGCUAAACGAAAAACUACUAAGAACGGCUAUGGAAGAAUUAAAAACGAAUCCAAAGCCUGAAGAAAAAAAGGGUGUGUUAGAAAAAUUAGCGGAAAAAAAUAAGGAUGUGGCCUUAGCGUUUACUGAUGACUUGCUUUUCGUAGGAGUUGAUACAGUAGCAAAUGGAAUUAUAUCAGUGUUAUAUUUGCUAGCGAACAAUCCUGAUAAACAAAAUAAAUUAAGAGAAGAAAUAAUGUCGAAAGAAAGUCGAAGACCGUACUUGCGAGCUUGUAUUAAUGAGGCGGCGCGAUUGAGGCCUGUGGUGUUCGGAAAUUUAAGACUAACCACAACUGAAUAUAAUGUCUUUGAUUACGAAAUUCCUAAAGAUACUAUGGUAAUGUUUUGUCACGAGCAUAUGUCUCUAAGGGAGGACCAAUAUCCUCAGCCUAAUCAGUUCAUUCCUGAGCGAUGGCUAGUUGACAAAGAUCAUCCGCUGUACCAUGGAAACGCACAUCCUUCGGCUGCUUUGCAUUUUGGUUACGGAGCUCGGGGCUGCGUAGGUCGAAAAGCAGCCGAUAUGGAAAUGGAAAUAUUUAUCAGCCGUAUUAUAGAAAGCUUUAGGUUACAAUGGCGCGGAAAGCAGAUGCCGGUGUACCAAAGUGUAGCCAAUCGCAAUAUGGGACCGUACAACUUUAUUUUUAACGAUGUUUAAUUUGCUAUUCAAAAAAAUCGACAUUGAUUCUAAAGGCGGUUGAAAAAAUAUUAUUCUGAUACUCCUGUGUUCGAGUUCGAUAUAAUUUUAAAAUUCUAGAAGACCUGUAUGUUUUUUCCAAUUUUAUCUAUUUA